AUGCCCUCAAGAUACCCCUUGUCCGAAUCAGACAUUGACGAUUGCUCGGAUUCUGAGGAUGAUGGUGCCCGUUACUCGCUCGAGGCUUCGCCUCAGGAUGAUAAAGUCACCGGCGGUGGCGCGAAAGUAAGUUAUUCGCGAACCGGGAGCAGCAACAAUGGGGUUGUUUUGGAGAGGAAGUUCAAGGUUGGGGCUAAUUUUACCGGCAUCCAAUUGCAGUCAAAUUUCGAGACUGUGCAACGGGAUUUCCGAAGAGGCCCACCGCAUAGUGAUGUAAAUGAUGGUAUACCGAGUGCACCCCCAUUCGGUGGCUCAGAGGAUCAACGAGAUAUUCGUGCUACUGAAGUUAAUAAUGCUUCUGAUGUGUCUACAAGGUGUGUAAUUUAUUUGGUAUCUUUAGAAGAUUUACUUUCUUUGAUUGAGGUGAGUUUUAUGGUUCUCAACAGGACUACUGCAGCAUCCUCUAAGCCAUUGCCCAAUACUCGAUAUCCUACAUUCCGUGUAAGUGGGUUAGGUCAUUGGUGUGGUGUCAUCGCAUAUGAUGCUUGUGUUCGGCUAUGCCUUCACUCGUGGUCAAGGGAUGGCCGUAAGGAAGCUCCUGCAUUUUUGGCAAACGAGUGUGCCCUGUUGAGGGAUGCAUUUGGGCUCAGGAACAUAUUAUUGCAGGCAGAGGAAGAGCUCUUGAGAAAACAGUCUCCGGAGCUUGUUGGUGAAGGAGUUUUUGUAAAGACUAAGAAGACCAUUAACAAGAUCAAAAUUCAAGUGAGGAAAGUGAAAAUGGGGUUUGAGCCACCCACAGGAUGCACGUUUAAUUAUCUAAAGUUUGCAUCAGUUGUUAAGAUGGAAACAUUUCAUAAAAUUAAUGUUGGAGCUCGUCGGUACUUAAAAGAAGUCCCGGAGCUCAUUAAAGCUGCUUUCAAGGCAAUCAGAAGCAGUUCAUCAUCAUCAUCUUCUGAAGAGGUACAAGAAUCAUAUUCUUGUAUGCUGAGGCUAAAAAGUUCUCCAGAAGAGGAUGCGGUUAGAUUACUACCAGGAUCCGAUGAAAGUCGCGAAUUCUUGCCAGAUGGAUCUGGAGAUGAUCUGGUGAUUGAAAUACAUGAUUCAAAGGGAAGGCGAUGUGGCCAAGCUUUACUUCAGGUGGCCGAUAUUGCUAAAGAAUUGAGGGAGAAAGUUCGUUCGUGCUAUAUAUACCGUGAACCGGAGCACGAGCAAGUUGGGAGAGUACAACUCCAUGUUAGUUAUUCAACUACGCCGGAUGAAAACAAUCAGAAGUGUACGUCUGUUGCUGAGACAAUUGCAUAUGACUGCGUACUGGAGACGGCACUGAAGAUCGAACAGUUUCAAGAAAGAAAACUGAAUCUUACUGGUGAUUGGGCUUGGCUUGUGAAGGAAUUCGCUGCUUAUUAUGGAGUAUCGGAUGUGUACACAAAAUUAAGAUAUCUUUCAUAUGUUAUGGACGUUGCAACCCCUACUGCUGACUGUCUGCACUUGGUGCAUGAGUUGCUUCAGCCUGUUGUAACUAAGGCCAAAACUAAACAAUUAAGUCGCCAAGAGGCAAGUAUGCUGGUCAAGGUGUCAGAGCAAGUCGGACACAUUCUGACUUCGGUUUUCGAAAAUUACAAGUCACUUGAUGAAUGCUCACCAUCGGGAAUAGUCGAUGUCUUCCGACCAGCAACUGGGGUACCAGCACCUGCUCUUGGCCCCUCAUUGAAACUCUACAAACUUCUGCACGAUAUACUUACGCCUGAGGCCCAGUUGAAAUUAUGCAGAUAUUUCCAGAAUGCCACCAAAGAGAGAUCGAAAAGGCACUUGUCUGAAACGGACGAAUAUGUGUCAAACAACACGGAGAACGUAGUGAUGGACCCGGUGGCUCUUUCAACUGCUUAUAGGAAGAUGAAGUCACUUUGUCUAAACAUACAGAACGAGAUCUUGACCGAUAUCGAAAUCCACAAGCAGGAUAUUCUCCCUAGUUUUCUAGACCUGCCAAACCUUUCGUCCUCGAUAUACAGCACGCAGCUGUGCAGUCGAUUACGGGCAUUCCUUGUAUCGUGUCCUCCAGCUGGACCCACACCUCACGUGGUUGAGCUUGUCCUGGCCACUGCUGAUUUUCAGAGGGAUCUUGCCUUUUGGAAUAUUAGUUCUAUCAAAGGUGGGGUAGAAGCAAAAGAAUUGUUCCACCCAUACAUCACACGCUGGAUUCAAGAUAAACGUCUAGCUCUGCUCGAGUUAUGCAAGCUUGACAAGACAAAGCCUUCGAGCUUACCUGCACAACAUUCGACAGCUUCUUUCGUUAAUGAUAUCUAUGGCCAGAUAAAGGAUACACUUGCUGAGUAUGAUAUCAUCAUAAGCCGGUGGCCAGAAUAUACUUUCACAUUGGAAAAUGCCAUAGCAGAUGUUGAGAAAGCUGUAAUUGAAAGCUUAGAGAGGCAAAAUGUUGAAGUUUUAUCUUCACUGAAAGACACUACCCCAAUCAAAUUGGGCCUCAAAUAUGUACAGAAAUUCACAAAGGGGCAUAAUGUUCCUUACGAUGUGUCCCCUGAGUUGGGAGGACAUUUGAAUUCCAUGAAAAGAAUGCUCGAUACGUUGAGGCCCCAGAUACAGGCACAGUUGAAGUUGUGGGGUUCGUGCAUACCUGAAAGCGAGAACAUGGUCCCGGGAGAGUGUCUAAGUGAAGUAACUGUGAUGAUUAGAUCGAAAUUCAGAGCUUAUGUGCAAGCGGUUGUUGAUAAACUCGUUGAAAAUACAAAAUUGCAUAACGGUACGAAGCUGAAAAAGAUAAUACAAGAUGCCAAGGAAAAUGAAACAGAAUCUGAUUUUCGGGGGAGGAUGCAGCCCUUGAAGGAGUUACUGUCAAAUACUAUCGAUCAAUUGCAUGCCAUUUUCGAUACUCAGGUGUUUGUGGUUGUGUCCCGAGUUUUCUGGGAUCGGAUGGGCCAGGAUGUGCUGAAGUUUUUGGAAGACCGGAAAGAAAAUAGAGCUUGGUAUAAAGCUUCUAGAUUCGCUGUUAACGUGUUAGACGACACAUUCGCUUCUCAAAUGCAGCACGUGCUCGGGAAUGGCGUGCAAGAGAAAGACCUCGAACCUCCACGAAGCAUAAUGGAGGUUCGAUCAAUGCUGUGUAAAGACACUGUAAACCAGAAAGACAACAACUACUAUUUUUAG